CAACACCACGCGUUCCAUCACCAUCAAUCAAUCAAUCAGUCAGUCAGUCAGUUUGCGGCAUUGCGUGCUCAACAAUUCCAUCGCCCCCAAUGGCCGACCGGAGCAGGAGCGUACGCUCAUCGAGCCGCCAACGCGCCACGCCCCAACCAACGGCGGCGGUCAGAUCGCGCACGACGCGUAGCCAGAGCCGCGAUCUUGGCGACAAGCAGCAGAAGCAGCAUCCUGCUAGGCCUACUCGGAAGGGCACACGGGCUGCGAGUGUGGAAAGCACCGGCAGCGUUGAGAGCCAGGGCGGUCGCGCAACCCGGGCGUCGAGGAGAAAGGAGAAAAUUUUUGUGGGAGAUCUAUCCGUCGUCGAAGAGAAUGCACACGAUCCCGAUCUUCCCACUCCAACCGUCGAGGACAAUGUUGUUCACUCUAGCUUCCGAGAAGCUACUCCCGCAAAUCUCAGGUCCUAUGACGCUCAGCAAUCGCCGGGCGCUCAUUCCAGCAUUUCCACUGCCCAGACCGUCCAUGACCCCUCUGACCUUGAUCCCCUCCUCAUGGCCGAGUUCAUCGAGGACCUCUACCGGGACUCGGCCAAAGUCCUAUCCAUCAUAGCCCCCUCGAAGCCCGACCUGCUGGGCCUGAAAAAAGUCGUCUCGGAAAUCCGUAAGCCUGGCUCUAGGACUGGCAUCCAAUUGGAUCAGCGUGUUGAUCGCCUUGCCGCGACUCGCGAGAACUUUGGUGAUAGUGAGUACAUCAGCGUCCCCACCGCUUUGACAUCCUUUGCCGGUACUGCUUCUGUCGAUGAGUUGCCCGGUACCUUCCGCCGGCCAGACGCCAUCCUAUACAAGGCAAACAUUGCCCACAUGGCAAACCGUAUGAUCCAUAUGGAACGCGACAACAGCGAUACGUCCGCUUCCCUGAUCAGGAUGGAUAGCAGCUUCCCCCGCGACUUCCUUUCCAAUGUCUACGAAAACAAGGAAGAUAAGAUGCCACCUGCCGCUAGUGCCCUAGCGGAUGAGACGUUUAAAGUUGCGCUGGAAAUCCGCACUCAGUUGGCAAUCACAUUGCUCUCUGAAAACCUGAGCGAUCCCGACUUCGAUCCUGAGGCACAACUUGCUGAGGUUUUCUAUACAGCAAAGACUGACAGUGGUAUUAAAGUUCGUGGCUGGGAAGUUGAAGGUCUGAGAACGGACGAGCAUCAUUUGCCUAAAAUUCUUGAGGAUACGGUUCGGCUCAGAGUUCAAACUAUCCGAAAAGCGUUCCCAACGGAUAAGGAGGCUCUACAGAGGGGCGAAUAUGUCGAUGUGGAACAACUGGAGGCAGAGUUUCCUUGGGCUGAUUUCAUCGUCCUUGUCCUUGAUUGGGUGAGGACGCGAAAUGCGGAGCUCGACAACGAAAUUGAACACGAAGGCGGCCUCGAUGAGGUUUGUGAUGCUGUACGAACGACCGUCGACCCAUCUGCUACCCCGCACCUGGCCAAGAAGACUUCAUCUCCGAUAAAGGCUGUGGUGCAAACCGAAUCGCAGGCUGAGGCGAAAAAUGUUCCUCCUGAGGUCGUGGGCACCUUGAAGAAGCGGCUUGCCCGUAUAUCGGAUACCACUUCUAGGCCUGUGGCCGACAUUGAAAUAGUGCAACCACAAGAGGACCCGCAGGUGCUGCUUGACGACGACGAGGGCGAUGAUUCUAGAACCUUCGUCGAGCAAUCCCAAGGCGAACAACCGCCCCCCAGCUCAGAAUACACCACUGCCUGGGCGACUUUGAAAGAAAAAGAUAAACAGAACAAGGAGAAUGUGCCCGUAGUCACCGACCAAGGAACUGCAGCCAACCGCAAGUCUUUCAUUGACCCCCAGACCAAUGCUCAACGUGUUGAGUUUGAGGAUACCCCGCAGCCAGAGGGGGAUACCAUGCCCAAGGUCACAGGCAAGAGGCAGCGGGCCGAAUCAGAGUCCGAAUAUGAAGAUGAUGAUGAGGGGUUUGAGCUCGACACUCGUGCCCCUAACGAGGAGCGACGAAAGGCUGCACCCGUAUCCAAAAGGGUCCGCAUCGAUGAUGCUUCUCCUUCCUCAAUUCCUAACCCGAGUCAGGAUAAACAACGUACCCGCACCCCUUCAGUGGCUCCCGUAACUAACCACGAAAACUCUGAGCGCGAAGGAAAACAACCCGCAGGACAACUCACGAUAAUCAAUCGCUCAGCCCCGGCGCGAAAGCGCAGAGAAUGGACGCAAGAGGAAACCAAUGCGUUGUACGAGGGCAUGAAACGAUACGGAAACUUGACGCAGCCGUGGAAGGCGAUUAAAGAUGCGGACAAGAAUAUAAAUAUUCUGGCGAACAGGGACGUUGUUGCGCUCAAGGACAAGGCGAGAAACAUUUGCAAAACUUGUGAUAUGGGUAAGGAGCCUAGGCCGGAGGGGUUUGGAAGCCUGAAUCUGGGCGCGUUCUACGAAAAGCAGGUGAAAGCGUAUCGGCGUGCUCAUCGUCCUAGUGAAGAUGAGGAAUGAGGUUAAGCAACGCGAGUUUUCUUUUUUCUUCUUCGGCGUAGGUUUGGGCUGCGUGGUCUGUUCAUAAUUUCCUACCGUUGGGCUAUGGUGGUUAUCUACUUUAGCCGUAGGUUUGUAGCUUUAAAAGGACGCAAUUGUUCCUAGGGAGUUUGUUUUUUGGAGUGAGAGUUCCUGUUCAAGUUUGCUUUCGCUUCUUGUAUCGCUACGAGGAUGAAUGAUUUUUUCUUUGAUCAGGUCAUUCGGCUGGACUCGACGCCAGUGAUGAAGCCGCGAAUUUUGUUGUACCGUGUAAAGAUGGCCUUUCCACCUAUCAGAGGGCGGGAUGUUUCCAGCGUGGCGGCGGGUUCAGGCUUCCAUGGUUUGCAUGUCCCAGAGGACCUCCAAAGGUAGCUAAG